AGACAGAUCCAGCUCAGAGAGGACCAGCUCAGACAGAUCCAGCUCAGACAGAUCCAGCUCAGAGAGGACCAGCUCAUGAGCUCCAUCCGCAGCAGAUUUGUAUUUAGAAUGGAAAAUGAAUGUGUUUAUGCAGCAAAUGUCAGUGCAUCGAUUAAUUCUCUAAUUAAACCCAAUCAUUUCAAACUAAAACGUAUCGUUCCUGUAUUUUAUUGGAGCCCAUGUAUUUAGGUAUCUAUCAAAUUAUCUUUAAAGGGUAAGAUGCAUAUCCCUAGUGUCUGUAUGUGUGUGUGUCAAUCCUAUUUAUGUGUGAAUAUGUGUGCGUGUGCCCAAUAGUGUGUGUACCUAUUAAUGAGUGUAAAUGACUGUGUCUCAGGACUCCCUGGCAGCAGAGAUUGAGGGCACCAUGAGGAGAGAGCUGAGUGUCGAAGACGAGGUGGCUUUCCAGGACCAGAAAGUUUCCCAGAAGAAGGUGUUUCAGACUGUACGCGUGGUCAACGAGUCGGUAGAGCGAGCUGCGGCGAUGGCCACGCCCCCUAUCCCCGGCUCGGGAGGCAGCUGCCUGGUGAUGACGGCCCAGCCCUUCCUGUCCGCACAGGGGAUCGACCAAUCCCACGGCCGCGCCAAUAGGGAGGAGGUCCCGCUCGGCAAGCCUGGCGCACCAGGAGGAAAUGACCUCGUGUCGGCGCUACACCGCCUCUCCCUGCGGCGGCAGAAUUUCCUGUGCGAGCGGCAGUUCUUCCAGGCAGAACGCGACAAGAAGCUGGAGGCCCUGGCUGGGGAGUGGAAUCGGAUGUGGAGGGGAGUGGCUACAGCUCACCAAUGAGCAGCGUCAUGUCAUCCUUCACCAACCUAUCAGAGUUCUCGGUCUCGUCCAGCUGUUUUAAGACCUUCCUGCCUGAGAAGCUGCAGAUCGUCAAGCCCAUGGAGGGCUCUCUGACUCUGCACCACUGGCAGCAGCUGGCCAUGCCCCACCUGGGCACCAUCCUGGACCCCCACCCGGGCGUGGUCACCAAGGGCUUUCGGCCCCUCCCCCAUGAUGCUCUCGCCGACACCGUCUACCGCCUCACCGACCUGGAGGAAGACGAAGAGGGAGGCGACGAAGAACAGAAAUAUGACAU